AUGGGCAGGGUACUCAGGAAAUGAAGCUACAACUAAAAUAGGAAGAGAGCGCAGAAUGUUUCUUUUCCGCUUCUGUAUAUUCACGAUUACUGUUACUAGGCAUAAUUAAGCGCACAAAUAGGCUGCUUUUUUGAGAAAUAGUGUUAAAUAUGCAAGAUAUCAUCCUCCGGGUGUUUGUGGUGGCAGUCAGUCUUCUGUAUCCCAUCCCAAGAGAAGAAUGGACCUUGGUUGAGGAGGAAGACAUCGCAAUGGGCAUGCAGGAGAGAGAGGUUUGGUUGCUGAAGCAAAGGGCAAAGCUGGAAAAAGAACAGGAAGUGCCCCUCAUCAAUCAGGAGGUGUCACCAGUGGUAACCCAACAGGAAGCACCCGUUGAAUGCAAACACCGACAACUUGAUGUAAAACCACAUCAGCCUGACAUAGUGGACAUAAACAUCAAUGAAAUCGAUGUGAAUCAUUCUCAAGAGGACUUGAAAAAGACUCCAAGCGAAUACAAACAUACCCAAGAGAAAAGAGAAGGAGCAGCGUUUUGCAUUGACCAUAAGCUUUCACAAAUAUGCGAACAUGUAACUGACAAAGAGCAAAACUUCUCAACAGUGGGCAAGGUACAGUCUCACACUCAACCAUCACACAGGUUAGAGUAUCUCACAGGCCGAGUACUGUCUAACCCACAACAGGAAGUGCAAUUACAGCCAAUCCGCAGAAAGUCAUCAGAGGACCAGAAAAGGCUUACACAACAGCAGUCUAACAAAAACCAGGAAGAGACACAGAUUCUCAGCCAAUCACCAGAGGACGACCGUCACCGGGGGAAGCAUGACACCAUCUGGUACCUGUGGAACAUAUACACUCUCAUCUGUCUGAGUCGCUGGUUCUUUAAAUUAUUCAGGAGAAACUCACAGAAGAAUCCUUAUCCAGGUGAGCUCUUUGAUGAAUAUAUGAAGGAUGGCUCUGUAAUAAAAAACCUCUCCUCCGUAGUUCUGCUCCCUGACAGCGACACACUGAACCGUUUUUAUGACAAACAUGUCAAAGGCCCAUCCGGCGAGAGCAGGAGAGUGAGGGAGUUUGUGGAGGGAUUCGUUAACGACUUACUGGAAGCCAUGAGCGGCCACGCAGAAGCAGGUGUAGUCACUGAGGACUUCGAUGUGGUAGAGGAUGGGACCAAUUCCCUUGUGUGUGAGGUCAUCGUACCCAUUGCCCCACUUGAGCCGCAGCGUUUCCAGUUUCAACUCUGGUGUGACCAGGAUAAUGAAGAUUAUAUGCCACCCGAAGUGCAGGGCUUUGGUAGAGUGAAAGUGGUCAGUGGCGAUGUGGGCCUAAAUGGUUGCCCAUGUCACAAUGCUACAGUAAAUGACAUGCUAUGCCUUCUGUGUUGUGACAAUGAUAAAAUUAAACCGCAGGAAGUCACUGAUGUAUUGAAUAGUCCUCUUUGCUCAAAAAACACUCCAUACCUGAAUAAAACCAAGGUCACAAAAGGGUUCCAGACUGCUAUUAGAAGAGCUUGGGAGCAGGUAUCCCACAAAUACGAAUUUGAGUUACAAUUCCGCAACAUGGACUUUGCUGGAGCACUUUCAGUCCGAUUCCGAUCAGGGAGGGUUAUUACGUUCAACAUAAGGCCUGUGGUAAAGCUCAAAGACACUGACGCGUAUUUCACCAUCGAUCCCUACAAAAACAUUUUGGACACAGACUGGAUUCUUUCUCUGGCCACCUAUGAGAACCGCUUCCUGAAGUAUCUAAUCAAUCACCUGCCUGAAAACCCGUGCCACAUUCACUGCUUCGAAAUUACAGCUUUGCUUCACAAAAAGCAAAUGGAGCUCACAGGCAGAAGUGUCCUCAUACUCAAAGACUACCACCUGAAAACAGUGUUGAUGCAUCUGCUUCUGAUUAAGGAGCCUUCAGAGUGGAGCGCUGGACUCCUGUCCUACAGGCUUCGUGAUAUGCUGGGCUUCCUGGAAAAGAGCCUUCGAAGCAGGACGUUGCACCACAGCUUCAUUGGAAACCCGCUGGUUCCAAGUGACAUCAAGCUCCCCGCUGUUUUCACUGAGGCAAAGCCAGUCAACCUCUUCCACCCGCACUUUGUACAAAGUGGCAGCUACGCCCGGACGGCAAAGCACCUGCAAGAGAUGCUCAGGAACAGCUUUAUGCUGAUUCAUGAGUAUGUGGAACAUUGACAUUGUUAUUGCUUUGUCCAAGAAUAAUAAUCUUACUCAUCCUCUGCUUGGCACUUCCUCAACUUCAUAAAGCAUCAUACAUUUUUACAUUUUACAAGCAUCUGAAAUGUGGGAAACUAAUAUGGCUAAUAUAGACUUUAAACAACUGGUAUUAGUGUAGUGUGCUGAUAUAAUAAAAGAUUGCUGUGACAUACGGUUCAUUUAGAAUACACAUUACCAGUUUCCAAAACUAGAUCAAUACCCAUUCCAUAGGUUAGAGGAGAUCAAAUGUUUGGUCAGAGUAAGCAUUUGCCUAUUAUCUAAUGAUAUUUUGCUGCGCUACAAAAUGGCUUUCAAACUAGGUAUGUUCAGGGGUGGAGGGUUCUAUGCUGUAAUGCUAAGUGUAAUUGCGGACAAAAUUAUUUUCAGUUGUGCUUUAAAUGUGAAUACAACAGACUUGUUCCACCUGGGCCUUAAUUGUGGCCAUUUUGAAAAACUCUCCACACCCAUUAAAAAAAUUUAACUUUA